AGACCACAGCUAUUUCUUCUGUUAAAUCUUGUCCGUCCGGAGUCUGCGUGCAGUCUUUGGUCCAGCGGAGUUGUCUGUCUUUUUCUCAACAUUUCUCCGUCCAGGAAUACAAAAGUGAUGCUUCACCGUCACCGGCCGCACACAGAGGCAGAGAAGGACCGGCGGUGACAACUUUACACCCCGUUUUCACAGACUUCCAAGGAGUAUAUUCCUCUUUUUUCUCUCUUUCGGCUUGGAGAAGACGCUGUGUUUCGCGUCCUCCAGUAAUGUCGGACCGCUUUUAAAAACAAACUUUUCUGUCUCCAUGCGGGAGAGGAAACCUUUCGGAGUGAUUCUUUGCCACUUUUUGUUCCAGUACGGAUUGUGAGCUGUCGUGUUUCAGUACAGGAAUGCCUCACUUUUCGCCGUAGCUCCAUGUAAAUCUUGUAAAUCCAGCUCUUCGCCCAGCGGACUGUGCUGCUCCUGGAUAUACGAGGACUGUUUGCGCAGUAAUUUGGUGUAAAUGGAUCGCCAGUCCAGUUUCAUUUCCAUUUGGCUACAACUGGAGCUCUGUGCCAUGGCUGUUCUUCUUACUAAAGGAGAAAUAAGGUGUUACUGUGACGCGCCGCACUGCGUAGCCACCGGAUACAUGUGCAAGUCAGAACUGAACGCCUGCUUCACCAAGGUCCUGGACCCGCUCAACGCGAACUCCCCCCUCACCCACGGGUGUCUAGACCCCAUCGCCAACGCGGCGGACAUCUGCAGCAGCAGCAGCUCGAGGAGCGCGGACGCCCUCAGCGGGGCCCCGGCCACCACGCUGGAGUGCUGCCACGACGACAUGUGCAACUACAGAGGCCUGCACGACCUGGCUCACACCAGGGACUCGACAGGUAAAGAAGGAACCCCGCAGAGCUGAAUGCCUGGCUGUCAG